AAUCGAAUCUGAUUACCAUAGAUAACAUCUUCUCUAAACUAAUUGCUGUGAAAAAAAUAGAACCUAAGUAGAAUUAAAUUUGGCUGAUUUUCAUCACCAGUGGCGGCAACCAAAUUGCACGCUCCCAAAUCAACCAAUGACCAAUGGCCAAGAUCAGAAAUGUGUUCAAAAAGCAUCUCAUACCGAACCUGGAGAGCAAAUGUCGACUCUGCCUCUCGGACAAGGCGAUCGUCCAGUCCAUCUUCGAAUGCGAAAGCAAGGAAACGACCGAUACCCUCGUGGAUAAAAUCUUCGAGUGUACUGCAAUUAUGCUUUCCAAGGACUUUGACUUUCCGUCUCCGAUUUGCGAGGACUGUGCGCUCAAGUUGGACGAGUUUUUGGUAUUUAGGGCGAAAUGUUUGCGAAGUAACGAAAUUUAUAGAUUCAACAAGAUGCACAAAUCAAGGCUUGUAAGUGGUGCACUGAAGUCGCAGCAGAUCAACGGCAAUAUUCCAAUGGAGGCGCAGGAUGGGAAAAAAGACCGAGAACCACCGGACGACCAUAAGCGAUUAGUAGAACCCAAGGAGGACCAAACUGACAAGGAUGUGAUAGCCACUAGCAGUAGCAGUGACGGAGCGAAUGUUACCGUGAUUAGCAACAGUGAACUGCCAGGGAUUGUUUGCAUUCCCACGAAGGAUGACGUAGGAGACGAGAACCCACUCGAAUGCAAUGGAAAUGAUCCGGAGACCAGUGAAUUGGAUGGACGGAAAUCAACGGAUUUUUCAGUUAUAGACGAUGGAGAAGUUUUAGCAACGACCAUGAGUGAACCUUUGUUGCCAGUGAAGAUUACACCCAGGCCCAAGUUUAUAACGAACGCAAUCGAAGGUAUGCGCUUUCCUUUGGAAACGGUUGAGGAAUUGGACUGCCUGGAACGUCGCAUCCGGACGUGCUCCGUUACCAAAGAGAAAUUUAUAACUUUGCUGAAGUCGCUGAAAACGCAUGAUACCUCACUGAGCGAUACAUAUCAACGUCUGUUCACGGAUGCGCUUAUGAUUCAUUACAAUUACGAUGGCAUCUCGCCCAAGUAUAACAAGCGGCCGCUCAAAAGUCUUUCCAUUUUCACCGAGUGCAUGCCGGCUGCUUGGAACGACCACCUGGACGCCAACAUGGUACGUGAAGCAAUAAUUGAGGCUGUGAAGAAAUCCCAUAAUCGCUACAAUCAAUGCAGUCAUCGUAAACGUGCAAGCUACGAAUGGUUAUAG